AUGUUGAAAUUCAACGAUGUGUGGAUGCAGUGGAACCCUUAUAGGGGAGUUAUGGACCAGAUUUCCGAGAAUGCGACCGCGUUUUCUCACUGGAGAGGAAAUUUGUUCAAGAUUCUCUACUUUACUACAUGGUCUGACGUAAACGCCACAGACGCGAACCUCAAUUUGAUGAAAGAGUUUUACCAAAUGACGGAGCCGUACGUGUCAAGUAACCCGAGAGAGGCGUACUUGAAUUACAGAGAUUGA